CACUGUUCAGUGUUCUCAGUGUUCAGUGUGGUGUAUCACCAAGUCUUGUUCAAGUUCCAAGUCGCGUUUUCUUGACUGAAUAAAGUACUCAGUUCAAGUGCAUCGAACAAAGUUGUCAACGUUUGUUUAAUGUGUUCUGAUAAAAUGUCCGGACGUGAGUCGAGAGGGUUAGACGACCCGCCAAACAGUAGGCUGUUUAUACUGUGUCAGAAGGGUACCACUGAGCAAGAAUUCCGAGAUUCGUUUGACCAGUAUGGAACAAUUGAAGAUAUUUGGAUCAUCAAAGACAAAAGGACUAAUGAAGACAGAGGUAUUGCAUACAUCAAGUUCUCUAAAACAUCGGAAGCCAUGCAAGCUAUGGAAGAGAUGAAUGGAAAAGCUUUGCCAGGCUCAACGAAAGGACUAAAAGUAGUUGUGGCGAACAGCAAACGGGAUGGUUCUACCAGGGAUCCAAGAGAAGAUGAGAGGCUCGUCCGUCUGUUUGUCAUAAUUCCCAAGUCAUUUAACGAACAAAACCUACAAGAUGAGUUCUCGAAAUUUGGUGAUGUGGAAAAUGUGACUGUAUUAAAAGACCGCAGUUCUGGGGAAAACAAGGGGUUUGGAUAUGUUCGUUUCUUCAGGCCCAUCCAUGCUGCUCUUGCUUAUGAGAACUGUGACAGCUCUUAUAGACCCAAGUUUGCAGAACCACAGCGAUCGAGGGAUGAAAGAGACGAAAUUGAAAAUCACGGUUAUACAGGAGCCGGCCAAAAGAGAAUGUAUGAAGAAGACUUUGGUGGUUUUCAUGGAAAUUAUAACAUGGACUCCACUGGGUUUCAAGGAUUUAGACCUGGUUCCAAUUCUGGGGGGCCAGGCCCCAGAGAGAUGCUGGCUGAUUAUUCCACCACCUCCAGCACUUCUCGGCUAGUCAUCCAGGCCCCCAUUGGUCUCACUCAAGGAUAUCUAGUAAAACUGUUCAGUCUUAUUCCGGGCAUGGAAUACUGCGACCUGAAUGAAACGACAGGUAUUGCCUAUGCCCGUUACAGCAGCCCCCAAUGUGCUGCCUAUGCAAGAGACAAGCUGCACGGAUUUGAGUAUCCUCUUGGCAGUGCACUGCAUGUACAGCUGGCGGAGGACAGUGCCAGACAAGAGUAUCCCAUGAACGUAGAUAGUGGAUACGCUUCGGGAUAUGGAAAUUCCCAGUUUGGAAACUAUGGUCAGUCUUCAUUUGGACUGGACAGUAUGGAUGUUCGCCAGAAGGCUGCUAUGAUAUUAGAGAAAGCAGGAAUCAACCCCCAGAACUUGCUGAACUUGUCCUCUGCCAGUUCCUCUGGUUUGGGUUCUGUUGGAGAUGGUAGAAAAGAAAGGGUGCUCUACUGUAAUGUCUCCCUUCCACCACCGCAGCCCACUGUCCAAGAUGAUGGAAAAAAUCUGGCUCAAAGAUUGUUCAUUGUUUGUCAGCCCUCUGGAGUGUCCGAGCGUGUUCUGAAGGAUGCCUUCUGCAGAUUUGGAAACCUGAUCGACGUCUACUUGUUGUCAGGUCGCAACUAUGGCUAUGCAAAGUAUGCUUCAAAGGAGAGUGCAAUGAAAGCUAUCGACACCUUACACGGCCAGUCUUUGGGAGGACAGAAGAUCAAAGUGCUGGAGGCUGAGCCACCAAAAGCUCACCAAGGGCAUCAGGGACUUCAGGGGGACGAGGGCCCUUCAAAGAAACAAAGGCUGUGAACUGUUGAGGUGACUGACAAGAAGACAAUAACCAGACAUAACUCAUAGAACUGGACCAAUGAGAUUGAAAACAGACCUGCCACUGGACAGCCGUGACCUUACAUAACAUUCUUGAAAAAUGUUUUCUUUUACCGAGACAGCCUGUAUGGCGUGACAUGAACGUUUUUAGGACUUCAUUGCACUUUCUUUGCUUUCAAACUGUUUUUCAUUCGGUGUAGUUUUUACUGUUUGUACCACAUUUAUGGCUUAAUCUCAUAGAUGAAGACGGAUGAAUAAUAUUGGUCCUCUGCAUUUUUUUGUUGGGGUGGAAGUGAAAAUGCUAGUGAUAUUGAGACCUCAGAAAUGAUAAAUAAAUACUAAUAUAAUCUAGCAUGAAACAGAAUCGCUCAUUCUUGGAAAUUAUUGAUUCCACUCAAUAGUUGUUGCACCAAUGGGUUUCUUUUAUUUUUUGUAUUUCUUACUUAAGAAAUAUUGUCUGGAAAACUUUUGUUCCCAGGGUGUCUGAUAUUUUCUGGCUACUAAGAAGAAUUUAUAGUAAAACAACAAAAUGUCUUUAUUGUAAAGUAAGACCUGGUUCUUUAUUUAAAAGUUUGUAUGGUCUCUUUGUCUUCAGGAUCCUCUAGGAGUGUAUCUAAAUUCAAAAUUGAAACUAUCUCUGGUUUUAUCUUUUCCUCAAUAGAACAAAUUUGUUUUGUAUUCCUCAGUUAAUUUGUGAGUACUUUCUCUAUGGAUCGAUAGUGGAGCAAGAAAUAUGAUUUUUAUUAAAAUGUCAAGAAAGGUACCAUAUUUAAAUGAUUCUCUGGUCCACUUUUCCAGUUCAUCUUUGCUAUGAGUCAUUGCGAUGUACAACUACUCUUUCCUCUCUCUUGUGUUUAUUAGAAUGAUGACAAUAUUGGAAAAAUUGGAGAGACAUAUAGGCUACUCCUUAAUUGGUGUAAAGAGUGGAAGAUGUCACAUUUUCUAAAAUAAAAACUCCUGACUUGAACGUAUUUGUUUAACUGCCAAUAGCAGUUUGAAAUUGAUGUGUUACAAGACUUGAAUGAACCGUGACAAUUCUCCACUACUUUCAGACAUAUGACGUUUUAUGUACUACUUUUUUUCUUUUUUUUUUUUGUUUGUUUGUUUGUGUUUUAAUAGUUUUCUUAUAUAUGUGUUGUCUAUGUCAUCUUUGGAGAUGUUAAGUGUUUUUAUAAUGUUGCGCUUCUUGUUUGGUUUUGCCGUCUGAACGCCAAUAAAGUGUUGUAUCAAG